CACUACCCAUCCAAUAGAAAAAGAAUGAAAAAGAAAACGACACCACAACCUGACAAAUUUUUUGUACCAUCUCCUCUUCUUAGUUUUUCCUCUCCAUCUCUCUCACCAAACGAAUCUUUUGCCCCAUUCUCAAACACCCACUACCCAAUUCUCCCUUCUUUUAGAAAUGCAAGCCAUUGAAAAAAAAAAAAAUCUUUCUUUUGAAAUAGUGCAAAAUAAUUGAGAGAGAGAUUCAUAUAGAGCAUAAUACUAUAAUACAAUAUAAGAUAGGAAGUAUACUUAUAAUAAGGGUUCGAAUUUCUGUGGAGCAUUUUUCACUCCACUCUCUUCAACAACCCAAAUAUAUUUCCUAUAUAUCCUCUCCAUUUCUUCUUUGAUCUUUUUUGUUCAAGUUUUUGAGAAUAUUUCAGAAUCUUCUUCUCCCCAUUCACUUUCUUCUAAAAAGCACUUUCUCUAUUGCUCUACUCCCAAUCUAAUCAUAUUUUUCUCCAUUACCAAAUACCAAAAAGGAUUUUUAAAACUAAACCCAUGUCUUCAUUUCCCUUAAAAGUGCCUUUAAUUUGUUUCAUUUUCUUAUGCAUCGCUACAAAUUUUCAUUCCUCUUCAGCCGGUUUUCUCGUCGAACCGGUUUCCGGUCAAAGCCAACCGUUAAAUCCCGGCCAAUACUCAUCUCCCAACACGGUUCCGGCAUUUCCAGUUCAAACCCAGAUGCAAAUUUGCCAUUUGGAUCUCUCCGACGAGCUUUUCGGCGGCGUUAGGGAAGCUUGCGGUCGAGAUUUGGACCGGAGUCGCUGCUGUCCGGUUCUCGCGGCGUGGCUUUUCGCUGCUCACGCUCGGGCUGCUCUGAAGAUUGCUGCUCCGGCGCCGGCAGCUGCGGCGGACCUUCCGAUGAUGCCGGACGACUCGCAGAAAUGCGUGAACUCGCUGCAGACGUCGUUGUUGAGUCGCAACAUUAGGAUUCCGCAGCCGAAUGCGAGCUGCGACGCCGUUUUGUGCUUUUGUGGGAUUCGGCUUCAUCAAAUUAGCUCCUUAUCUUGCCCUGCUGCCUUCAAUGUCUCUGGUGGCGGUAACGGCGGUUACCGCAACGCCACCCCGACUGCCGCCGUUCGUAAUCUUGAAAAGAAUUGCCGGAACUCGUCGUAUUCUGGUUGUACCAAAUGCCUUGGUGCCCUUCAAAAGGUUACGGGCACAAAGAAGAACGGUACCAGCAACGAUAGGGCCAGCAAGAUGUUCAACAGAGACUGCCAGCUCAUGGGCCUGACGUGGUUACUCGCUCGCAACAAAACGACGUACAUUCCCACCGUUUCCGCCGUGCUCCGAGCCAUCAUGUACACCGCUCACCCUCCUCACGAGUCUACCUGUAGUCCGGACCAAGAGAACAUGCCGCUAGCCGUCGAUUCUUUACAGAUGGAAAAAGCGCAGUCCUCAUCUCCACCCUCCAUUUCCUUGUUUCCGAUUAUACCCCUACUCAUUUCAGUUUAUUGGCUUGCUUGGUAGGGGGAAUUAUGGGUUUUGGAAUGAUCCGUUUGUUGUUUUGUUUGAGAAGGAGAAGAGAGGGGUACCCUUGUCGGGGGGGGGGUCACGUGAAGUAGACAGAAAGGAAGGGGUGUUGAUUGAGGGGCUUUUUUUGUCUUUUCACUACACUGUAAAUGUUAAAAUUUGUGUAGUUUUUCUCUCUC